AUGAGAUCGACAAACUCGUUCUUGCUGCUGCUAGAAAAAGGGUUGUAUGGGAUCGACACAACUGACUCAAGGUCCCCAUGCUAUUCGUGGUGGCUAAUGAAAAAAAAAGUAUAUUUGAAUAUGUUAAGGACUCUUCUGCGUGAUUACCCGAAGGAAUGCGAACUGGAGGUAGAUGUUGUAUACCCAAAUUUCUACCAAGGCUUUGCCCAGUUUGCUAAUACACGAUCCAUAAAGAAGAGAAAAGACUAUGCUCAAUUGGUGUCCACUACCAAUAUCACAGUCGUGGAGCACCGUCAAGGUUCUAGUGGUAAAAGCAGAGUUGUUUUUUAUGAAUGUCAUGCAAGGAGUAGCCAUGGAGGCUCUAUUUUUGGUUCGUUGACACCUCAAACAUCCAGCAUGGCUGAUCCUACUGGCAUUUUUCAUCCAUCUUGGAAUAUUACUUGUGAAACUGAUGUGUUGGACUCGACAAACAGCUCUGACUUCAUAUCCACUGUUUUUCCACAAGUAACUUUAUUCCAAAUGGACAAGAUGAGCACUGACGAACUCACCAUGAGACGCCAUGCCCACAUGAUGUUGUCUAUAGCCUAUAAUGUGGGGUUUGAUAGACGGUACAAAACUGAACUUGAAGAGGCUUGA